CGGAAUCCUCCUCGUCUCGCCAACGGUAACCUCUUCGGCAAAACCCUAUGUAUUGCGAACGCCGACCGCCUCCGGUUUCCAUCACCACCACCACCCGCACCCGUUAUUUUGUUGAUCAUCGUUUCCCUCUUUGUUCCAAGAAAAUCUCCCGAAUAUCGACAUUUCCCUGAAAAGCCACCUUCUUCCAAGAUCUCCAGCAUCGUUCCCUGAUCUCUGUUUCCCUAUAUAACCCUAUUCGCGGAUCUUUACGCACUGGGCGGUCCGCUGUUUUCUUAGGGUUUUUCACGCCCUCUGAAAGUCUCGAGUUCCCAUCAAUGGCGGCCCGCGUGUGCUUCUGCUUCUUCCUGGCGGUUUUCUUCGCUUGUCUCUCUCGUUCUCAAGCUUACAAGUUUCAUGUCGGAGGCAAAGAUGGUUGGGUGGUCAACCCUUCCGAGAAUUACAACGACUGGGCCGCGAGGACCAGAUUCCAGGUCAACGACACCAUCUCUUUCAGGUACAAGAAGGGAGAGGAUUCCGUGUUGCUGGUGAUCAAGGAUGACUACUACAAGUGCAACACCAAACACCCAGUGUAUAAGUGGGAAGAUGGGGAUUCUGAGUUCAAGUUCUACCAUUCUGGUCCUUUCUUUUUCAUCAGUGGCCAAUCAGGUAACUGCGAGAAGGGCCAAAAGUUGAUGCUUGUCGUGUUGGCCAUAAGGCCCACCCCGCCGGUUCCGACGCCAACGCCUCAGCCUCCCGUGGCAGCUCCGCCUCCCAGAUGGCCAGCCCCGGCCACACCACCUUCAUCGCCUACUCCGCCAUCCGUAACUCCCACACUGCCCCCCACCUUGCCCCCGGCAACACCACCCACGGCCCUGCCACCAGUGUGGCCGCCUGCCAACCCCCCUACAUCGCCGUCCCCAAUAAUCAUACCGCCUUCGUGGUCACCAACCUCUCCUUCUCCCGAAGCCUGGCCUCCCACCUUACCAUCCCCUGCCUUCAAACCUCCACGUUCAGCGCCUUCACCAGCUCCCUCUGUAUCGCCUGCGUUGCCGCCAACCUCUCCUUCUCCCAAAGCCUGGCCUCCCACCUCACCAUCCCCCGCCAUUAAACCUCCACGUUCAGCGCCUUCACCAGCUCCCUCUGUAUCGCCUGCGGUGCCGCCAACCUCUCCUUCUCCCAAAGCCUGGCCUCCCACCUCACCAUCCCCCGCCAUUAAACCUCCACAUUCCGCGCCUUCACCGGCUCCGACUGCUACUCCACCAGCUUCACCUCCAUCGUCAGCUCCAGCACCGUCAGCUCCAUUGCCGCCAGUAUCUCCACCUUCAUCAUCACCGCCGCAAUCUCCAUGGGGAAUAUCGCCGGCAAGUGCCCCCGCACCGGCACCUUCAUCUGCAUGGACAAUAACUCAUACAAGCUUAUCUGUGGUGGCGAUUACAAUCAUACUGAGUACGAGUUUAGUGUACUCGCAAAUAGCUUGAAUAAUUAUCGCUUGUCUUGGUUUCUCUAUGUUUAACUUUAUCCGGAUUUCUUGGUUAUAUAC